UUUUGAUUGUUCACUCUUUUUCUCUUGUUUUCUCACUCUUUCUCUUUGUUUCUCUUUUCCUUUACGCUGCCGUCGUCACUUUAGUCACAUUCACACGCAAUGCAGUCGACGGGCGGCCAGCAGCAGCAGCAACAGCAGCAGCAGCAGCAGCAGCAGCAACUCCACUCUUUGCCGCUCACGAUUGCAGGCCUCGCUGAGCUCGCUGCUGCCAACAGCCACGGCCACGGCCACAACCCGAGCAGCAGCGGCAAUCCCAGCAUGUUCUCGCUCACGGGCAGCGGCAUUGGCCCCGCAGCAGCAGCAGCAGCAGCAGCAGCAGUAGCCGGCGCCGGCGGCAGUUCGUACGUCGGCUCUGCGGUUUCAAUGACGCUCGCAGCCGCAGCACAGCAGCAACAGGCCCACGCAGCAGCAGCAGCGGCGGCAGCAGCGGCAGCAGCAGCAGCAUACUCACCGCACUACAUGCAGCAGCUGGCGUACAUGCACAGACCCCCGCAGGCGCAGCUUUUGCAGCAGCUCCAUUCGCAGUCCGACGCCUCGGCCUGGGGUCAGCAGUCGCUCUUCCCCGUCCAGGUGGCCUCGGCUGCGUCUGCUGCGUCGCUCGCCGGCUUCAACCACGCUGCCGUGCUCGCCUUGCAGCAGCAACAGCAACAACAACAAGCACUUCAUCAGGGCGCGAGUGCUGCUGCUCCUGGCUUCAAUGGGAUUGCUGCACUGGACGGCCUCCACUCUGGACUUUUCCCCUCAUCAAGCCAGGGCCAGAGCCAGAGUUUCAUCCAAAACCAGCUGCUGCAAAACCAGCUGCUCCACAGCCAGCUCCAAAGCCAGCUGCAGAGCAGGCCCAACAAGGGCACGAGCGUGGUCUCGUCCGGCGCCGGAUCGACCGCGUCGUGCGUUGACAACGAUGACUUGUCUGCAAUGUCAUCGUCGUUCGACUUGGAGGGCGACCGUGGCGAUCUGUCUGCAGGCACAGGCGACGAGUACACGGAUGGCAUGGGCGACGACGACGACGACGACGACGACGAAGAUGACAUCUCGGACAUGGAAGAAUUUGACACGCAUCUGUUUGGCGGAGCGCCCGGAGCGAGCUCAUCCUCGUCGACCGCAGGUGGAGUUGCUGCAAUGUCGGCACAGGCGCUCGCUGCGGCAGCUAUCUCCGCUGCGUCGGCGCCCACAGCGACAAAAACCGCCGCCGCCGCCGGGAAACGCUCCAAACAUCCAGCACGUGACGCUGCAGCGGCUGCCAUCUCGCACGCCGACGACGCGAGCACCAUGAGCAUUGUGCCAAUUACGCCAGACUUGCUUGUGGACGCUGCCGCCGCGGCUUCGUCUGCGCGCAGGCGCAAGCGACCGGCCGACGGCACCAUGCUCGAAACCCUGCCGACCGAAGCCGUCGCACAGGCCGUCGCCAACGCCGUGCAGAGCUUGCACGAAACGAUUGGCUCGCGCAAGCGCGCUCGUCGCACAGAGUCCUCGGAGGAGACUGCGCAUCGCAUCAUGCGCCGCGAGCUGAAGCGCGCCAUGAAUAAGGAAGAGAGGCGCAAAAAUCACAUUGUCAUUGAGCAAAAGCGACGCCUCAUUCUGAAGCAGCGAUUUGACGAGCUCGAGAUGGCCGUGCCGAGCUGCAAAGAUAUCAAUCCAAAUCUCAAGGUUGCACGACAGCCCUACAUUCUCAAACUGGCGAUCGAGUACAUCAACCAUCUCCAAACCCAGAGCGAUCAGGCCAACAACCGCAUUCUGGAGCUGGAGGCUGUGAAUCAGGCUCUGAGCGCAGAGCGCCGCAUUCUUGUUGAUCUUGGUCUGGAACGUCGUCGCGUGCUGCUUGAGAUUGCUGCCCGAGCGAACGGCUUUUUGUCUUACGUGAAGCAAGGCAAGCGAAAACUGUACGUGUACGUGGACCGAAUUUACUUCCGCUACGACCUGGACGACGAAGUGAUCGAUUUCGGCUAUCCGCGCCCCAUCAACAUGACCAACUGGGUCAAUGUGCCCUUCUCCCGAAUUGACUCUGCCGUUAUCUGGCAAAAUAACAAGGCCUACUUGUUUAGCGGAAACUACUAUGCUCGGUACGACACAAGUCUCGAACGUGGCGAUGAAGGCUACCCGCGCCUCAUCUCCACCGAAUCCUUCCCUGGAUUGUCCUUUACAUCGAUCGACGCCGCAGCCAACUGGGGCAACGGCAAGGUCUAUUUUUUCAAAGGGCGCGAAUACUGUCGGUAUGACAUUGCGCUGGAUCGCCAAGAUGCCGGCUACCCGAAAUUGAUUGAAAAGUACUGGCCAGGCGUCUUCCCCGAAGGUGUCUCGUCCGUGCUCAAGUACAACAGCUCUACGGCGUACUUUUUCCGCGACAACAAGUACAUUGCGUUCAAUGUUGGUGCGGAUUGCGCAGAAGGAGAAGCGAAGGUGCUCGAGUUGACCAGCAGCAAGCUGUUCUUUGAGCGAUUGGAGGAGGAGCCGCUCUUGUAGUCAGAACCUAUUUGCCUAUGGAUUGCUUGUAUUAUUUUUUGGUUGUUUGUUGUUGUUUUUGUUUUGUUGUUUUUUCGAUUCAGGGGGAAAAUGCAUUGCAGUGUGCUUGUAUUGCUGUACACAAGUAA